AUGGCCGCGCCGCCGCCCAGGGCGAGGCUGAGCGCGACAGGCAUUGACACACCCCCGCCCUCCUCUCCCUUCUCCAACUCGCUCACCUCGCCGACGCGCACCACCAAAGCCGCCUGGCGCGGCGCGGCAGCAGCAGCAGCGCGCAGCGUCCCGCCGCCGCACUACGCCGCCGUCUCGCCGAGCAAAUACGCCGCGCCGGGCAGCUCGCCGAUCAAGAUCUUGCGUUCCUCGCAUCGCAGCAGCAGCUCGCAGCACCCGCAGACGCCCUCGUCCGACUCUCGGCACGCGACGAGUAGCACGCAAGUGCAGCCUGCAUAUGCUCAGCAGCAGCAGCGCGAGCUAAUGAUGCCGUCCAGCUCACCCAUCUCGCAGCGCGUCCAGCGGCUACUGCAACGCCAGCGGCAGCCCGCGCCCCCAACGCUCCGCAAUGCUGGCGGCGCUAGCACCAUUUGCAUCAGCACUAGCAUUCGCGCCGGUCGCGGCGGCAGCAGUGACGACGGCCGCGAAAGCACGACAACGAGACAGUUGACACCGCCGACGCUUGCACCGGACGCGGCUUGCUUUGGCUUGUUGCAGACUCCCUUUCCCGCGGCCACCCCCUCCGUCGCCACAUGCCAAGCUGGGCAGCAGCCGCAGCCGCAGAGCGAAGAGCUGAUCGACAAGAGCAAGACGUACAUCCUUUUUGGCGCACGCUCGCACUCCAUCGUCCUUGGCCGCGCCAAGCAGCCGCCCUCUGCCGCAGCCGGCACGGCCGGAGCGCUGCGCGCCUCCUCCCCUCCGACGAGUGUCGUCGCGACAGACACAGACGCAGACGUAGAUGCGCAUGCACAUGCACACCGCGGCGUCGCUGGGGGGGUGCGUGCGCAAGACGAUAAGCCUGUCGCAACGAUCGCGCUGCCGAACGACGCUAAGCACGUCUCGCGUGUACACGCCGUGCUCGACUACGUCCCUUUUGGCAGCAAGCUCAUCGCGGAGUCCAAGGCGUCCAGACGGCACGAAAGCAGCAGCCGUGACGCAUCUGCACCCACACCCACGCCUGCAGACAAGGGCACGUGGAUAGUCCGCAUCCUCGGCCAGAACGGGCUGAUCGUCGACGGAAAGCGCAGACAGCCCAGUCUCGCGUUCCGUGUGCACGCUGCACGCGCACAGGUCGAGCAGGCGAGACAUGCGCAGCAGCAGCAAGGCCAGAACGGUGACGGGAGCGAUCAGCAGAACACUGCCGAUUGCAACGAGAGGGCAUGGCACUUCGACGGCCUGGAUGCCGCGACCGAGCUGGACUUUUUCGGGAUCCGCAUCCGCUUUGUUGAGGUCUUCAGCGGCAGCGGCAGCGCGGCAAGCCAACCGAUUAGCACGCCGAAUGCACAGCUGCACAGCCGUACCGUCAGCGAGGACUCCACCGGUGCGGCCUUUGCUGCUCCGGGCGAGGAUGCAGACGCGCCCAUGGCCGAAGGGGCGUUACAGCGCGUGCAGCCGCAGAGCCCGGCGAAGCGCCGCGCAGCCGGCGUCCCCGUGCCGGCCGCACACAAGCUGCCGAGCGUCGCAUGCAAGGAGGACCUUCUCGCGCGCCGGCUCAGCCAACAGCGUUCUUCGAUGUCAGAGUUCGCGUCGGGCUGCAGCGGCAAGCACAGUACCGCAUCAUAUGUUAGAGAAAAGCAGCUGAGCGAGCGCGUCGCCUCGGCCGUCGGCGUGAAGCGUGCAUCAGGCGCUCCUGUUGGCGGUGCCAUGUUCAACCGCCAGGGCUUGAUGACGCCGCCGGCUAGCUCCUCUCCCACCAGACAUGCUGCGGCUGCCGUCGUUGCGGCUCGGGGCGCCAAAGCCCACCGUGCGAAUGCAGGCGCCGUCGCUGACGUGGAUGCAGAUGCGAGCGCCGUCGUUUCCGACUCGCUGCUAAGCAGCGCUCAUAGAGUACGCUCUGUGCCGCAGCGAGCGAUAGAAGACGUGGAGGCUGAAGAGGAUGAGGAGGAUGACGACGAUGACGACGAUGACAGCGAAGACGAGGACUUUAUCGGGGAGGAGGACGAGGAAGAUGAAAGAGUGAGCAGCCCCAGCGCUAACCGCGGCAAGAAGAGGGGCAUCCUGCUGUCCUCGCUGGUCCAGGAGACUCAGGAGGGUGAAAUGCAAGAGUUAAGAGAGGAGGAGGAAGACGUCAGACAACCCAAGAGGCGUGUCCUCUCGUCCGGUGCGGUGCCCGUCACGAGUAUCGCUGAGUCCGUGACCAAAAGUCCCGCAGCCAAGGCAAAGCGGCCGGGAGAGGGAAAGGGCGACGAUGAUGAUGACGACCUAACUCCGCCGCCGUCGCCUGAAGUGUGGCGUUCCGGCCGUGCACGUAGCAGCGCCAGCCGACAGCCCAAACAGAUUCACGCCAGUGAGUCGCAAAUGCGCAUGCCUCCCCCGCCCGUGCCGUCGAUCGUGGCGCGCUGCGUCGCUUCGACGUCCAAGCGCAACAGUCCCGCACCGGCCGGCGCACUUCCGCCGCUCUCAUCAGCAUCCACGUCCGCACCAACGGCCAGCGCCGACGCUGGAUCUGGCGAGGAAGCGAUGCUCGCAAGCGCGCGCAGCCGUGCACGCCGCGCCGUGCGCAUGCUCGCCGCGACGUACGACCUCGAAGGCCUGCUGGCAGGUACGAUCGUCUUCCAUCGCACCGCGACAAUGGCCUCUUCGGAAGCUGUACGCGGCGUGCUCGCUAACAACCCUGGCCUGAUGCAGGGGCAAGCGGGCGAGCGCGUUCCUGUGCACUCGAGCCCGCAGAAGAAGAAGCUCGAGAUGAGCGAGGCGGUUCAGCGCUUGCAGUCGAGCGCCAACAGUGCUGAGAUGCAGGCGGAGAGCGACGGGCUCGUGCAUGGCAACACGGUUCUGCUGUGGGAGAACCCUUUCGCAAACAAACUGGACGAGAGUCGUUGGAAAACCAUGCAACGCAAGGCCUGGGCGGAGCAUCUGCAGCUCCUGCUGCACGAAAGCCCCAUGUUCGGCAGCAUCCACCGCCAGGGCAGGGACUCGAGCGGGAAUGCUCUCGAGGCUUGGUACUACUAUGACCAUGAGAAGGACCACGACAAGGAGAGGGCGACUAACCUCAAGCCGUUCGUCAAGCCAAUGCGAGGCGUGCUCAAGUCGAUGAAGCCCAUUAUCUGGAAAAAGUCUCUGUACGGUCGCUGCGACAGUGAUGUGUCACUGAAAGCGACGCCGCGCGAUCUCAAGACGCGGGUUUGGGACGAGACGCAGCCGGAGGAGCGUGAGAGCACAUGGGAUAAGGAGGGCGACCAGGACUUCCGUGUCUGA